UCCAAUCUCUUUCCAAUUUCAAAUUCACGACGUCUCUCGAGCGGAGUCGGUCCGUUGGCGUUCAGUCAGUGUUCGCGUUUCGUCCCGUUCACACCGCCGGUUCACCGUGCGUCACCGCCGCGUACGUUAUCGUACGCCGAUUUUAAUUGUCGAUUACCCGGAAUUCCCGGACUCCGGCCGCGCGCGCAAACACGGCGGAUAGACCGAUAACGUAUUUAUAUAAUACGGCGGUUGUAUUACAAGACGAGUAGACGAUACACCUGUGUCAAGGUACACCGAUUAAUACCGUAAUAUAAUUAUUGUUUUGUUUGCCAGCAUAUUAUAUUUCAACGACUGACGGACCGCAAUCGCCGUAUUCGUAUUUUUAUUUUCGAUAUCGUGUCGGUUACAUUAAUUUCGAUCGCGAGAUAAGAAGAAUAUCAUAUUUUAAUAUCCAUCCGACGCCGUCACUGUAAUACACGGUUCUGCGGACCUACGGUAGGCACCGCUGUACCACGAUAUAAAUUGAACCCGCUAAGCCGGUAUCCUCGCCGGUAACGUUUGUUUGAAUAUUGUACGACGAGUCGCUGAGCUCUAGUUGUCGUCGCUCGAAUCUCGUCACCCGCCACUUUCAUUUAUGGAGUUGGCCGAUUUGGACAGUUUUUGCGGUUCGCCUUUUUGGGACUGGAACUUGUCCUGGAACACCACCGAUCCCGAUGUCACGCUUUGUUUUGAGAAGACCGCUUUGGUCUGGUCGCCUUGCCUGUUCCUGUGGCUUUUCUCUCCACUGGAAGUUUACUAUCUGGUGCACAGCAGGUACAGGGACAUACCGUGGAAUUGGCUCAACUUGACCAAACUGGGUGGUGCAGCUAUAUUAUGCCUUCUUUCAAUAAUUGAUAUUGCAUAUGCAAUAAUUCAGUAUUCUUCAGGGAUGCCUAUAUAUUCUGUAGAUUUCUAUACACCACUUGUAAAACUAAUCACAUUUGGAUUUACAAUGGUUUUAAUUAGUGCCAAUCGUGCAAGAGGUAUAAGGUCCUCUGGGUUAAUAUUUUUGUUUUGGUUAUCCUUGGCUUUUUGUGGGAUAGUUCAAUAUCGAACUGAGUUCCGAUUAGCAUUUUCCGAUGUACCAUCACAAAAAUAUCAAUUAAUAAGUUACAUGGUGUAUUAUCCUCUUGUUUUAAUACAGUUCGUUUUAAACUUUUUUGCCGAUGCCGAUCCACGGCUAUCAGAUUAUCCCCCUGUUGAGAAACCAUGUCCUGAAAUGAAAGCAUCAUAUCCCUCACGGAUAUUAUUCACGUGGUUUGACACAUUAGCAUGGACUGGUUAUAAUCGUCCUUUAGAAACUAAAGAUUUGUGGAAUAUGAAUUAUGACGAUAGUUCACGAGAAGUAGUUCCUAUUUUUGAUAAACAUUGGGAACGUUCAUUGAUUAAAGCAAAGUUACUAGAUAAUGCCAAAGCAUCUUAUAUUAAACAUAAAUCAGAUGGAAGUAUUGAAGUAUCACCUACUGAAUAUUCAAGAUUUACUCGUGCUACUAAAAGUGAAAAUGAAGCAUCCAUUCUUCCUGCUUUGUGUAAAUCAUUUGGUCGUACAUUUUUAUUUGGAACAUUUCUAAAAGUAAUUGAAGAUUGUUUAGUUUUUGUGAGCCCUCAAGUUCUUAAAUAUUUGAUAGCAUUUGUAGGAAAUACAAAUGAACCACUGUGGAGAGGAUAUUUUUAUGUUUUUCUUAUGAUGUUAACAGCAACAUUGCAAACAUUAAUAUUGUCUCAAUAUUUUCAUCGUAUGUAUCUAGUUGGUAUGCGUGUACGAACUGCUCUUACUUCUGCUAUUUAUCGAAAGGCUUUGAGAAUUUCUAAUACAGCUAGAAAAACUUUUACUGUUGGUGAAAUAGUUAAUUUGAUGGCUGUUGAUGCUCAUAGAUUUGUUGAUCUGACAACUUAUCUUAAUAUGAUUUGGUCUGCUCCAUUUCAAAUUGGUCUUGCAAUAUACUUUUUAUGGCAAUCACUUGGGCCUAGUGUACUUGCUGGUCUAUUUGUAAUGAUAGUUUUAAUACCAAUAAAUGGUUUUGUGGCUGCAAAAGCAAGAAAUCUUCAGAUCAAACAAAUGAAAAAUAAAGAUCAAAGAGUUAAAUUAAUGAAUGAAAUUUUGUCCGGGAUAAAAGUAUUAAAAUUAUAUGCUUGGGAACCAAGUUUUGAACAAAAAGUGUUGGAUAUUCGUGGAAAAGAAAUCAAAGUUCUUCGUACUGCAGCAUAUUUGAAUGCAGCUACUUCAUUUAUUUGGGCUUGUGCUCCAUUCCUGGUAUCAUUAGUAACAUUUGCAGUUUAUGUAUUAUCUGACGAUAGCCAUGUAUUGGAUGCACAGACAGCUUUUGUUUCUUUAUCUUUAUUCAACAUUUUACGUUUCCCAUUAUCUAUGUUACCAAUGUUUGUGUCAAAUGUAGUUCAAUCAAGUGUUUCUGUAAAGAGAAUAAAUAAGUUUAUGAACUCAGAAGAGUUGGAUCCAGAUUCUGUUACUCACGAUUCUGAUGAAAAGGAUCCUCUUGUAAUUGAAAAUGGUACAUUCACUUGGGGUGAACUAACUGACCCACCAACUUUAUCAAACAUAAAUUUAAGAGUUUCAUCUGGACAGUUAGUUGCUGUUGUGGGUACUGUUGGUUCUGGGAAGAGUUCUUUAGUAUCAGCUUUUCUUGGUGAAAUGGAAAAAGUUUCUGGUAGAGUUAAUACCAAAGGAUCUAUAGCAUAUGUACCACAGCAAGCUUGGAUACAGAAUACAUCACUUAAAGAUAAUAUAUUGUUUGGUCAGACGUUAAGUGACAGAGCUUAUAAUAAGGUCAUUGAUGCAUGUGCAUUGAGAGCUGACUUCCAAAUGCUUCCAGCAGGCGAUGAAACAGAAAUUGGUGAAAAGGGGAUAAAUUUAAGUGGAGGCCAAAAACAAAGAGUAAGUUUGGCAAGAGCAGUUUAUAAAGAGAGUGAUAUAUAUUUUUUGGACGAUCCAUUAAGUGCUGUUGAUUCACAUGUCGGUAAACAUAUUUUUGAACACGUUAUUGGACCUACAGGACUGCUGAGAAAAAAAACACGAAUUUUGGUUACUCAUAGCAUUACUUAUCUCAGAGAAGUCGAUUUAAUUGUGGUAAUGAAAGAUGGUCAAGUAUCCGAGUCUGGCACAUAUAAAGAAUUAUUAGAUAAGAAAGGAGAUUUUGCUGAUUUCUUAAUAUUGCACAUGCAAGAACAAAAUGAACUUAAAGUUGAUGAAAUUGAAAUUGAUAAGUUAUUGGAAGAUGCACCUGCAGAUUUAAAAGAAAAAUAUGUUCGUCAAAGAAGUGAAUCCAAUUCAAAUUCUUCAAUGCAAAGGCAAAGGUCUAUUGAUUCUGAAAAAACCAUUCCUCUACCUAUCAUUGAUCAGCAGGCUAAAUUGAUUGAAGUGGAAAAAGCUGAAACGGGCAGUGUCAAAUGGGAAGUUUAUGUACAUUAUUUGAAGUCAAUUGGACCUUUUUUGUGCAUAUCUACAGUUGUUUUAAGUAUUAUAUUUCAAGGAUUUUCUAUUUCAUCAAAUAUUUGGCUUUCUAUAUGGUCUAAUGACGAUAGUUCUCAUGUUCAUGGAAAAGAAAAUAUAAGCAAAAGAAAUUUAUACUUAUCUGUUUAUGGACUUCUUGGAUUUGGUCAAGGGUUAUUUGAAUUUUUGGCUGAUCUAUGUUUGUGUUUGGGAGCAUGGAAGGCAUCUGUCAUGUUGCAUAAUUACAUGGCAGGAAAUGUUUUUCGAAAUCCAAUGAAAUUUUUUGAUGCUACUCCAACUGGUCGAAUUUUGUCCCGUUUCUCGGGAGAUGUUGAAGUUGUUGACAAGCUUUCUCAACAGCUAUCUGAUACGGUUUAUUGUUUCAUGGAUGUUACUGGUACUUUGGUUGUUAUCAGUUAUAGUACACCUGUGUUUACAGCCGUGAUAAUUCCUAUUGGUAUUAUUUAUUAUUUCAUACAGAGAUUUUAUGUUGCGACAUCACGUCAGCUGAAAAGGCUUGAGUCUGUAUCUCGCUCUCCAAUUUAUUCACAUUUUAGUGAAACAGUUACUGGUGCAACAUCAAUUCGUGCUUAUGGUGCAGAAUCUAAAUUUAUACUUCAGUCUGAACAAAAAGUUGAUUUUAAUCAAACUUGUUACUAUCCAAGUACAGUGGCUAAUAGAUGGUUAGCUGUAAGGUUAGAAACAAUUGGUAAUUUUAUUAUUUUCUUCUCAUCUGUGUUCUCAGUAUUGGGAAGAGAUACAUUAAGUCCAGGUAUUGUUGGUUUGUCUGUCAGUUAUGCUCUACAGAUAACACAAACACUCAAUUGGUUGGUUAGAAUGACGUCUGAAGUUGAAACUAAUAUUGUAGCCGUUGAACGUAUUAAAGAAUAUGGAGAAACGCCUCAAGAAGCGCCUUGGGAUAUACCAUCAAAUUUGCCACCCAAAGAAUGGCCAACAAAUGGAGAAGUUCAAUUUAAAAAUCUUAAAGUUCGUUAUCGUGAAGGAUUAGACUUAGCAUUGAAGGGGCUAGAUAUCUUAGUGGAAGGAGGCCAAAAGGUAGGUAUAGUUGGACGUACCGGAGCUGGAAAAUCUUCUUUGACUCUUAGUUUAUUCCGUAUCGUGGAAGCCGCUGAAGGAUCAAUUCUUGUUGAUGGUGUAGACAUAUCAAAUAUUGGCUUGCAUACAUUACGUGGCCGUCUCACAAUUAUUCCACAGGAUCCAGUAUUGUUUUCUGGUACAUUAAGAAUGAAUUUAGAUCCAACUAAUAGUAAUACAGAUGAGCAGCUUUGGAACUCCUUAAAGCUAGCCCAUUUAAAAGAAUAUGUCAAAGGGCUAGUAGGUGGUUUGGAUUAUGAAGUGUCAGAAGGAGGAGAUAAUCUUAGUGUGGGCCAAAGACAAUUAGUGUGUUUGGCUAGAGCAUUGUUAAGAAAGACAAAAUUAUUAGUGUUAGAUGAAGCAACAGCAGCAAUUGAUUUAGAAACAGAUGAUCUUAUACAAACAACUAUACGAUCAGAAUUCAAGGACUGCACAGUAUUGACAAUUGCUCAUCGUCUAAACACAAUCAUGGAUUCUGACAAGGUAAUAGUUUUGGAUAAUGGUUUCAUGGUCGAAUAUGACUCGCCAGCCAAUUUAUUGCAAGAAAAAUCAUCAGUUUUCUACUUGAUGGCAAAGGACGCAGGUCUAAUACAAUAAAAGUGUUCAACCCAUAUUAUCAAUCUCAUGUGUUCAGUCAGUCUGAAUAAAUUUGUUCAUUUUGCGGUUAAACAAUCAUGGUUUUGUUUUAUCAUAUUUUUGGCAAUUUUUGUCACAGAUUGAUAACUAAACUAUUAAAAAUAGUAUACUUAUAACAGUAAAAUGAUGUUUUAUGAAUGAUUUUUUUUUAUUUUAAUUUUUUGUUUUAAUAUUAAGCCGUCCGUGUUAAAUCAAAUACUUGCCAUUUGAUUAGAGUUUUAAAUGUUAAUUUUUUUAUUUAUAUAUAAAAAAAAAUUACAUACAUAAUGUUACUGUUAAAAAUUGUUCAGUGUAU